AUGGAGGAAUCACCGGAGUCGAUAUUGCUUCACACCGGUAUGAAGACACCUCGUCGCGAAGCAUUCAGUCAAGAUGAUCAUACGCUUCUCGACGACCCAUCCAACGAGAAUGAUCCGCCCGCAGAAAGUACCGCGCACCAAACAGGACAGAACCAGGAUCCUGCGAGAAAAGUCAACGCACCACUACCUCCACAGGCACGGCUGUUAGACCGAUCUUGGUACAUACUGUACCUUGCGCUUGGAUACAUUGGCUUGGCCCUCUUUUCCUGGGUCGUCACUUGCAUUCUAUCAGUCCGUCCUAUCACUGCCAAUCACUACGGCGUUUGGAUAUGGAAUGCUCAAAAUAAUGGCUACGGAUGGACCAGCUCCGACUAUUUCCACUCUCUGUAUGUGCGGAAUGAGCGAUGGUAUCGUGCCGCUCAAAUUAUUCAAUCUAUUGUCACCGUCUUCACUAUCCCGUUGACUUCUGCUGUCUGCUCCAGUGCUGCCGUCAUUUACAUUCAACAGCGACGGGGGCUCAGCCUUCUGCAGAUGAUGACACUCGCAGAUAAGGGCUGGAAUGAUCUGAGAACAUACGGCAGAACCAUCCCAUACCUACCCAUGGAUGGCUGGAAACACUAUGGUAGCGCUUUUCUUCUUCUGGCUAUGUUUGUGAAUGUCCUGGGCGCAGUAAUAUCCCCUCUUCAGGCGAUCUUCUUGUCGUCCACAAUAACCAAGACUCCUACUUGGCCCUCGGAGGUACUCUAUCUCCUUGACAUCCCAGACCAGUUUCAAUCCGAGGUAGACAAUGGAUUCGAUUACAAUUUUGUUGUGGUCAUGACUCGCAGCGCCCUAACCUCCGCCACCGUUUCACAACAACAGGCCCAGCUCUGGCAGGGUGGCAAGGUAUCCUGUGCCUUUACUGACGGGGUCACGAAGCUACCCACAUCCUGUAACAAUGGCGGUGCAACAUUUCAAAAUCUGGAAGAGUUGUCGGACCCCUUUCUGGCGCAAUUGCCCAGUGGUUACAAUACUGGUCUUAUUCGGCAAUUUGCCCCUCGUAUCAAUUCAAGUGCACACUAUGAGAACAUCUCGGCGGAGAACUUUCCAAAGAAUUGUGAUCAAAAAGAUGGGGCUUUUUUCGUUCAAUAUACCAACACGACUGAUAAAUAUUUCUCAGAAACGUGGGGUGUGCAGGCGUGUAUGCCUGCUAAUCUCACCAGUUCACCUUGGAAAUCCACACGAGACCGCCAAGAUUUCACAGAGGAGCUCUAUCUGAAUAUCACAUUAAUCAAUUACGAGUAUAUGCAAUACGGAAGCGGUGACUUUCAGGUCAAUAGCACCUUUUACAAAGUCACUGUCAAUACAACGGGUGGCUAUUUCGAGCUACCGAAUUACAUGAACGGCGGAUCUGCCGGUUCCUUGUUGGACAAAGACCCGAAUACCCUCUGCGGGAAUGAUUGCGAGAUCCAAGGCUUCAGCGACAACAUUUAUGAUCAUGAUGACGACCCCAAACGUAAACGGCGAGGACUGACGAUUUCUGAGGAUAACUCCGUUUCACUGGAGACUGUGACGAAUAAAGGACCACUUCUGACUAUAGCGCUGGCCCUGUUUGGCGAUGGAUCGUUCAUCCAAACCCGUCAAGCAUACCCGCAAACCUUCGCCUCCCCAGAAAUCGAGGCAACUGAAUCAGGCUCUUAUCCCGAUUACAUAUAUACCUGCAAGGACUUGGCACCUCUCGAUCUCCUCAUUAGCGGAGACAUGGACUGUAUCGUCACCGAUGCCGGGGGGACCAACGCAUCCGCACUCGAUGAAGUGGUCGCCAAAUGGAUCAACAAUUUCAACGACCCGGACACUAUGAGCUCUGUGUUCAACGUCGCUGCAUUUUUAGCUAAUCAAGCCUGGAUUAAUAACAAUAUCGAGAGAGCUGUGAUGUCUUUGACAGUUAGUUUCGAUAUGGGGGUCGACACCAAGAUCCCCGUAAUCUCCAGGGCCGGGGUAAUUCUUAUCUCCACCCUUCUUGGUAUCGACGUUUUCAUUAUUUUGGCGCUCGCAACUUAUGCGUGGUGGUCUCCUCGAUGGACAAGAUACAUGGACUCGUGGGCUAUGAUGAGAAUUGGGGCUUCUCUCACUCAAGAUGCCUCGUUGCUCGUUAGUCGGGAGGAAGACAAAGUAAAGGCGCUUGAUGGGAUUCCGGGAUGGAUCGGUGAUAAUUCAGAGAAGCACGAACCAGUUGGUACGUUGGAACUUGGUGGUUUGAGGGCCAUAUCCUCGAGAAAAGUCCCACGGUUCAAUGGCUUCGAUGUGAAUAAGAAGCAGCGGCUUUACAACGAGAGAGUCGAGGCCCAGGCUUACUUCGCCUGGCGGCAUGCACAGAAGAGGAUGCCUGACGCUCAAGAACCAUAA